AGGAGAGGGCGAGAAGCUGGGCAGGAAGGUGGGGGACAGCCUGAUCAUUGCCCUUGGGUGCCCCAGGGGACAGGCCUUCUGGUGCAUGCAGCCCCAGGCCAGUUUCUUGAACCCUCAGCCUUGGGUGAGGGUAAGGAGGCAGCCAUCCUGCUGGGAGGAUGCUAGCUGGGGCUGGGGCUCUCUCUCCUCUCCCCACCCCUUCCAGAUCUAGUCUAAAGGCAGCCAAUCAGGAUCCUGGGCUUGUAAGGCUUGGGGAUGGGCAUCCUAUCUUGGGUUCUCCACAUAGGCUCCUGCGGCCUCCCUUUCCUUCCCCUCAGGAUGGGGGAGAGGAAAGGACAUUGGAAGUGGGAAGCUGGAUGUGACCCUGAGCCCAACUCUGUCCUUGGGCAUGUCACAUAGCCUCUCUGACCAACUAGAGUGGGGUUGCUGGGAGGCCCCUGUCCUUCCUGGAUCUGCUCUACAGAUGAGAACAUUCUCCUCAACUUUCCUGAACCUCCUUUCUCCAGGCUUGUGGGGAAAGAAGGGGGACCCAAAUCCACAGGGCCUCCAGGUGGCUGUCUCAGGAUUAGAUGCCUUGGUGGGAAUGGGGCUUCCGGCCCCAAUAUCAAUGUUUAACCGGAUGUGCAGGUCAAUAUUUACCAGAAGAGAAAGCAAUCUGAACAGGGGUUGGCUGAGAGCAAAGGUCCUGGUGGGAGGGGAGGGCUCAGCUAGGCUGGCUGGAGCCUGAGCAAAGUGUGGGGAGUACCCAAGUGGGGCCAGAGAGAAGGACAUCGUGUGCAGCAGCAAGGAGCCCGCGGAGGUACAAGGGGAGGGGUGGCUUAGCCUGCUCUUUGGGCAGGAGAGGAGGUAAGAGCUGCUGUCCUAGCUGAGGGGGCCUGGAGUGAAUUGAUUCAGAAGGCCUCUCAUUUCCCAGCCUCCUGGGGGGGAUGAGGAGCCAAGGUGGGAGUUCUGGCAGGACUCCCCCUGGGACUUGAAAAACUGGAGGGCUUUUCUUGACAAAAAAAUUCAAAAGCCCAGGUUGGAGGUCAGGGGCCCUGUGAUGGGGGUGGGGCCAGGGGUGAUAGAAGGAUCCCUUGGAAGGACUGGCCCUGAGAUGGGGGCGGGGUUGGAGUGUGUGGGACCUGCUCUGAGGCCCCACCAAGACCUGCCCAUCUCCACCUGCCAGCCUGGCUUCCCGGAGCCGACCUGGACAGAGUUGGGGGCCAAGGCCUGUGUUUCCCGUAAGUCCAAAGGUGGCUUUGUCCAGAGCCAUUCAUUGGGCUCUCUGGCUGGGUCAACAAUGCGGCUCUCCAGCCUACCCCACCAACCCUGCUGAGACUUCAGGGACUCAGGCCUGUCCACCCUUGUGGUCAAGACCAGACCAGCGAGAAAAGGUGGGCCCUGUGGACAGCAGGUUGGAUAGGAGCCCCAGUAUACAGGAGGCUUCGGGGGAGGCUUCCCAGAGGAGGGGGGCUAGGCGGACAACAGCCCUAUUACUGAGUGCCAGGCAUUGUAAUCAAGGCUCACAAAGACUGUCUUAUUCUGGUCCUCACAACAUACCAUGGGAGGAGGUAGGGACUUUUGCUACCAUUUUACAAGAAAAGGCAGAGUCCAGAGGAGUUAAGGGAAAUAUCUAAGGUCCUCCGGGAAGAGGCAGAGUCUGGAUUCCAAUCCAGGUGGGACUCAAAAGGCCAGGACUUGAAGCAUGAGGAUUUCUUUUGUUUUGAUAUUUCCCCUAUGAACCAAACCAUUUUCAGUGCCCAAAAUGUGAAAAACUGGAAAAUACAGAGGGGUUAAAAGCAAUUCAGGGGGCCAUCCCAUGCCACAGAGAUGGGAACCACCACUGGUGUUUGGGGGUGUGCUGGCAGUAGCUGGGUGUCCCCUCAGCGGUAGAGGCUCAGGAUCUGCCAAGCCAGGCAGCGUGGGGAGUGCGAUCCCACGCAGAAGUGCCGCCAGGUGGGAACAGUGGCUUCCUGUCCCGCACAGGAACAUGGCGCUGCUCUGGGGGCUCCUGGUGCUCAGCUUGUCCUGCCUGCAGGGUUCCAGCUUGGUGUUCUCUCCUGCCAGCGCCAUGGAGCCCUUGGACCAGCAGCUAAUGAGCGGGCAGACCCAGGAAAAGCUGCCCCCGCUUACCCUCCUCAAAUUGGGCAACCAGGAGGCCCAUGGCCAUACUGCCCUGAAGAAAUCCCCAAGGGACUGCAAGGGGGCCUCAACUCCGGAGCAGACACGCAGGUUGGCCCAGGCCAUGAUGGCCUUCACCACAGACCUGUUCUCCCUGGUCGCCCAAAGGUCCACCAGCCCCAACCUCAUCCUGUCGCCUCUGAGUGUGGCCCUGGCCCUGUCUCAUCUGGCACUAGGUGCUCAGAACCAGACACUGCGGAGGUUAGAGCAGGUGCUACAUGUGGACUCAGGGCCCUGCCUCCCUCACCUACUGAGCCACCUUUGCCAGGACCUGGGCCCUGGGGCAUUCCGAUUGGCUGCCAGAAUGUACCUGCAGAAAGGAUUUCCCAUCAAAGAGGAUUUUCUGGAACAAUCAGAACAGCUCUUUGGUGCAAAGCCCGUGAGCCUGACGGGUAGGAAGGGGGAUGAUCUGCUGAACAUCAACCAAUGGGUGAAGGAGGCUACAGAAGGGAAGAUUGAGGAUUUCCUCUCUGAGCUGCCAGAUGACACAGUGUUGCUUCUGCUCAAUGCCAUCCACUUCCAGAGUUUCUGGAGGAGCAAGUUUGAUCCAAGUCUCACCCAGAGAGACAGUUUCCACCUGAACGAGCAGUUCACCGUGCCCGUGGACAUGAUGCACGCCCACACGUACCCCCUGCGUUGGUUCCUGCUGGAGCAGCCCGAGAUACAGGUGGCUCAUUUUCCGUUUAAGAACAACAUGAGCUUUGUGGUCAUUAUGCCCACCCACUUUGAGUGGAACGUGUCCCAGGUGCUGGCCAACCUGAGCUGGGACAUCCUGCACCAGCCCUUACUGCGAGAGAAACCCACCAAGGUCCGGCUGCCCAGGCUGCAUCUCAACUAUCAGCUGGACCUGGUGGCCACCCUCAGCCGGCUGGGCCUGCAGGAACUGUUCCAGGCCCCAGACCUGCGUGGGAUCUCUGACCAGAGGCUGGUGGUAACCAGCGUGCAGCAUCGGUCCACGCUGGAGCUCAGCGAGGCUGGCGUGGAGGCGGCCGCUGCUACCGGCACGGCCAUGUCACGCAUGUCUCUCUCCUCCUUCAGCGUGAACCGCCCCUUUCUCUUCUUCAUCCUUGAGGACACAACCAGCCUGCCCCUCUUCGUGGGCAGUGUGAGGAACCCCAACCCCAGCGCGGAGUGGGAGCGUAAGGAGCAGCAGGAUUCGCCAGAUGACAGGGACUACUUCCAGAAUCAGAAAGCCUUCCCCCGCGGAGACAAGCCAUUCGGCCCUGACUUGAAACUUGCUCCCCCCUCAGAGGAGGACUACCCCCAACUUAAUUGCCCCAAGUGAGAGGCCAGCUGCCAGCAUCCUGAGUCCCUGCCUGAAACAACCUCUCCACUCCUGGGACUCUUUCCAGACGGCUUGGUGGGAUUACAGCAGGGGCCUGGGUGGGCAGUCUGGGAGCGGAGAGAGAGUCAUCUUCUCCGGUCUCCUCUCCUCUCUCGGGGAGUUUGGGGUGGGUGGGGCCAGGUCGAGGGCAGGGCUCCGGGAAUCAGGGGUCUGGAUCCCACAUCCUUUCUUCCAAAGCGGCUCAAAUGUUGUCCUUGUUUGGGGCUUGGGCAAAGGGACAGCUGUAGGUCCACUCUUGUCAGGAAGGUAGGAAGGUCUUUCCCAAAGCUGGCUGGGGCACUUCCACAUUUGUUUACCAGAGAAGGUGGGACAGGAGGGAUUGGAUACCUUGGCUGGGGAGAGGAGAGUUAGGCCGCCAGCAGUGGAGCCCUGUCUCGCUCUGUGGGUGGGGGCCUAGCCUUCCAUAUAGGCACUUCUGCCAUAACGUGCCCCUGGCCCUCCAGCCUCCACCUGCCCUGAUGCUCCUGUCACUGCAGACUUCCUGCUGCUCCUAGGAGAUACCGACAUUGCCAGGAUUCUCCCUCCUCUCUCCUCUUCCACUGUCCAGGUGUCUCAGGGGCUGAGGCGGGAGGGGAGGGCAAUAGUUCCUUCCGGCUCUUUUGUAAAGUUUUUGUAGUGAUUUUUAUGACAUCCGAAUAAAGAAUGAAUGGCCCUG